AUGGCUGCGCUUCCACAAUCUCAUCGUGCCCUCGUGCUCGUUUCUUUCGAUGCACCUUUGGAGGUCGAGACCGUCGACAUUCCUGGGGUCAUUCCAGGUAGCGCCGUCGUCGAGAUUCUUUCCACCCCGAUCCUCUCAUAUGCAUCCAAGCUCUACUCGGGCGAACUCCAAUACCCCCUGCACCCACCCAUGACCGUUGGUGGUGGGGCGAUCGCACGCGUUGUGGCUGUCGGCAGCGAUGCGACGCACCUCUCGCCGGGCCAACUCGUGCUGAUCGACCCUAUGAUUCGCGGCCGCGACGAUCCAGCUAAGAGCAUCCUUCUUGGUGUCCAUGGUGGGCUCACCGAGGGCGCCGCCCGUCUUAUGCAGGGCGACUGGAGGCACGGGUCGUGCGCAGAGUACGCCCACUGGCCACUGGAGAAUGUCCAUGCCCUUGACGAGGAAAAGUUGACAACAUCGCUAGGUUACUCGUACCAUGAUCUAGCCUACCUCCAACGCCUACUGGUCCCAACGGGUGGGCUGUUCGAACUGGAUGUGAAGACGGGUGAUCGAGUUAUCGUCGCACCUGCGACGGGCCAGUUUGGAGGUGCGGCCGUCGAAGUGGCAUUGGCGAUGGGCGCCGACGUGGUCAUCUGUGGACGGCGAAGGGACAGCCUGAAUAAGAUGAGACACACUCUUGCGCCGGUGUAUCCUCAGGCCCAGAUCGACGUUGUUCAGCUCUCCGGCACGGUCGACACGGAUGUUGCAGCCCUUCAGGCCACGGGAUCCAUCGACAAGUACAUCGACUUCUCGCCUGCGGUCGCAGCGGGAUCGACUCAUAUCACCAGCUGUCUUAUGGCGCUGAGGAAAGGAGGAAAGGCGUGUUUGAUGGGCGGUAUCACGAAGAGUGUCGAAAUCCCGUACCCGGUGGUCAUGUUCAAUGACCUCAAGAUUUGCGGGAAAUUCAUGUAUGAGCGUGAUGCGGUCAAGAGGCUGAUCUCGCUGGUGGAGAGUGGACGGCUGAGGUUCGAAGUGCCUGACACAAAGGUCUUUGGCUUGGAGCAGUGGAAAGUUGGGUUUGAGACCGCAGGCGAGGGGAGCGGGUGGAGAGAGAUGGCUGUCUUUGAGCCUGGAAGAGAGUAG